AUGGUGGUUAAAAUUAUCAUCAUCGGGGCUGGAGUUGGUGGUACAGCAGCAGCUGCUAGGCUUAGCAAAAGAGGAUUUCAAGUAGAAAUUUAUGAGAAAAAUGCAUAUAAUGGUGGAAGAUGUUCACUCAUUCAUCACAACGGACAUCGAUUUGAUCAAGGUCCAUCAUUGUAUCUGAUGCCUAAAAUAUUUGAGGAGACAUUUGAAGAUUUGGGAGAGGACAUUAAAAAUCACAUCGAUUUAUUGAAGUGUCCUUCUAAUUACAGUGUACAUUUUCACGACGGGGAAACAUUCGAACUUACCACAGAUAUAUCAAAAUUAUCUCGUUCUUUGGAAAAAUACGAAGGCAGUGGCGAAUCAACAUUAAUUAACUUUUUGAGCUAUUUAAAGGAAACUCAUGUGCACUAUCAAAGGAGUGUUAAAGUUGCACUCAAGACCGAUUUCCAACAUUGGUAUGACUUUUUCAAUCCAAAACAUAUACCAGACGUAAUCCAGCUGCAUCUUUUGGACACAGUUUACAACAGAGUUUGUAAGUAUUUCAAGAGCGACUACAUGAGAAAGGCGUUUUCAUUCCAGACUAUGUACUUGGGAAUGUCACCAUAUGAUGGCUUAGCUCCCUAUAGCUUACUGCAGUACACUGAAAUAGCGGAAGGGAUUUGGUAUCCGAAAGGAGGUUUCAAUAAAGUUUUGCAAAGUCUUGAACAAAUUGCCGUACAAUAUGGGGCAAAGUUCAAUUAUAAAACUAAUGUCCAAGAAAUAAUAGUGGACGACAAAGGAGUGGCAAAAGGAAUCAAAAUGGUGAAUGGUGAUGUGGUAAAUAGUGACAUUGUAAUUUGUAAUGCAGAUCUCGUAUACGCGUAUAACAAACUUUUGCCAAAAACGUCAUACGCCGAUAAACUUGGGAAAAAAGAACUCACUUCAUCCUCGAUAUCAUUUUAUUGGUCCAUGAAAACGAUUGUGUCACAGUUGAAAGUUCACAACAUAUUUUUGGCCGAAAAAUAUAAAGAAAGUUUCGAUCAAAUAUUCAAGGAUCACACGUUGCCCGACGAACCAUCGUUUUAUGUUAACGUUCCUAGUCGCAUCGAUCCGACAGCGGCGCCAGAAGGAAAAGACACAGUCGUGGUUUUAGUACCGGUGGGGCAUAUAUCGAAUGUACCUAAUAUUGAUUUCGAUCAACUUGUGAAAAGAGCAAGGGAACAAGUAAUCGACACAAUUGAGAAAAGAUUGAAUAUAUCCAACUUCAGAAGUAUGAUCGACCAUGAGAUAAUGAACGAUCCGAGAACAUGGCAAAACGAAUUUAAUUUAUGGAAAGGGUCUAUACUAGGAUUAUCUCAUUCAUUAUUUCAGGUUCUAUGGUUCAGACCUAGUUUGAAAUGUAAAAUAUUUGAAAACUUAUACUUUGUCGGCGCUUCGGCGCAACCUGGUACUGGUGUGCCAAUAGUUUUAUGUGGUGCAAAAAUGCUAGAGAAACAGUUGUGCGAUAGGUUCUUGGAUGGUAAAGUUAAAAUAAGCAUAUGGUCGAAGUGCGUUUCAUUUUUAAUCGGUCUUCUAGCACUUCUGGUUUUUUGGUUUUUUUUUAGAUUUUAA